ACAACCAACCCCACCCCACAAAACACAAAACCAUGAAACUCAUCAUUCUCCUCUCCCUCAUCUCCGUCCUCCUCAUCUCCGUCGUCGCUUCCGUCGAGGACCUCUCCGAUCCGCUUAUCCGGCAAGUCAUCUCAAACUCCGACGACGAUGACCAUCUCUUAAACGCCGAUCACCACUUCACACUCUUCAAAACAAAAUAUGGCAAAAAGUAUGCAACCCCAGAUGAACAUGAUUACAGAUUUUCAGUUUUCAAAUCUAAUCUUCGACGUGCUAAACGUCAUCAGCUGUUAGACCCAACUGCCGAGCAUGGUGUUACUAAGUUUUCCGAUUUGACACCGUCGGAAUUCAAGAAAAGUUUUCUGGGUUUGAAAAAGAAUCCGUUAAAGUUUCCUUCUGAUGCUAAUAAGGCUCCGAUUUUGCCUACUAAUGAUUUGCCUGAAGAUUUUGAUUGGCGUGAUCAUGGUGCUGUUACCCCUGUUAAAAAUCAGGGAUCAUGUGGAUCGUGUUGGUCAUUUAGUACAACUGGAGCUUUGGAGGGGUCUCACUUUCUUCGAACCGGGGAGUUGGUUAGCCUUAGUGAACAACAACUCGUAGAUUGUGAUCAUGAGUGUGAUCCAGCCGAAAAGAAUUCAUGUGAUGCUGGCUGCAAUGGUGGGCUGAUGAACAAUGCAUUCGAGUAUAUACUAAAGGCUGGUGGAGUUCAAAAAGAAUCAGAUUACCCCUACACCGGAAAGGAUGGUACUUGUCACUUUGACAAAUCCAAAAUCGCCGCCUCUGUAGCAAAUUUCAGUGUUAUUAGUACCGAUGAAGACCAGAUUGCUGCCAAUUUGGUCAAACACGGCCCUCUUGCAAUUGGAAUCAAUGCGGCUUGGAUGCAAACAUAUAUUGGAAAAGUUUCUUGCCCGUAUGUAUGUUCAAAGAAACGAUUGGACCAUGGUGUUCUUUUGGUUGGGUAUGGAUCAGCUGGUUAUGCACCUAGCAGACUAAAGGAGAAGCCAUAUUGGAUCAUCAAGAACUCAUGGGGACCGGACUGGGGAGAGGAUGGAUACUACAAGAUUUGCAGUGGUCACAAUCUAUGCGGAAUGGAUACCAUGGUUUCAGCGGUGGUUUCUACAAAUACUUGAAAGUUAUGUCCGGAUUGUUGACUGAAUGCUACAAUUUGUAUAUACGUAUCUACAACAAAGUGUAUUGUUGAAGCCGAUGUUGCUAUAUUUAUAUCGGCUUCACUAUGAACAUACUAAGGCCUUUAUUGUUUCUUAUCUUUGAUUAUGGUUUUAAUGCUAAAUUGGUUUUCUGCUUUUGUA